UUUUGAGGACGCUGAUUUCGCAGUUGCACGUUUGAAUUAGGACAGGCAUGAGGACACGAGAUUUCUACGUAGUGUAUUGGUUUGCUUUCACUAUUUGAACUCAUUUUAGAAUUUUGCUAAUUAUUACAGUGCCUUUCUCUUGAUUCUUCGUAUUCUGUAUCAUUCUGCUUAAAUACAAAGAUAAUAUUAUAUUUCUGUUGAAUUGAAAUUAUCUAUAAUUUAUUAGAAAUGACUUCUGUAGGUUAUUUGUCUAGCCGUAUUCUAGCACAUCUCUCCACUUGUAGGAAUGUCAAAAACGUUUGUAAAAAUGUUUAUAUCUGCAAAGGAAUAUUGUCUGAUAGUCAAUCACAUUUCCUAAGUUCUAUUGGCCCAGGAAAAUGUUCUUUUAUGACUACAACCAAACCUUUGUGCAGUUCCAAAAAUUCAACUGAAGAAACUUUUGAAGUUACAUUCAUAAGACCGAAUGGGGAGAAGGUAGUUGGAAAAGGAAAGGCAGGAGACACUCUAUUAGAUGUGGUGAACAACAAUGGUCUAGAUUUGGAUGGAUAUGGCAAAUGCGACGGAAUGAUCACGUGCGGGACUUGUCACGUGUUGUUCCCUGAUAGGCAAGUGUUCAACGCGGCUGAGCCGAUGACUUGUUUUGAGAACUGGCUCUUCUUAGAGCAGAGUCUCGCCCCGUUCACCGAUUUGUCACGCCUCGGAUGUCAAGUUAAGCUGAGUAAGGAACUGGGCAAUUUUGAAGUGAAGCUUCCCAAUUUCACCAAAGACCAACGCGAGUCCUAACGAGUUUAUAGGUAGCUGUAUAUUGUUGAA